AUUAAUUAGUUAACGUUAAAGUGCAGAGAGAAAGAGAGACUGAUGAGGAGAUUGUGGUAAUAUAGAGAGAGAGUUGGAAUUGGAUCGUGGAAGUAAAAAGCCAAAUAGAGCGGAAAAGAAAGAAUUGGUUAUUUUGAAUUUGACGUUAUCUGUUUUGAUGAUUAAAGAUUUCGUUUUCUUUUGCUUCAUUUCUGGUUCAUCUUCUUCUUCAACAACUACUCACUAAUGGAAACUUAUACACUCAAGGGUAUUUAUUUCUGACAGCUUAAUUAACUGAUGUAAUGGGUGUGAAAUGGCUUAAAGCACUUGUUGGCUUAAAAAAGCCUGAAAAAUCACAGUUUUCGGAGAAAUCAGAGAAAGAUGAGAAUAAGGCUUCACCUGGUAGUCGGUUUUGGCAUCGUAGAAAACAAUCCAUCCAGAUUGAUAAUAAUAUACUCAAGGAAGAGUUUUCCCAAGAUACAGAUCCAAAAGUAGGAGAUGAUGGUGUUCAUAUUGAUUCAGAUAAUGUCAGCUCUGCUGAUAGCUCACUCCAAGUACAGGAUGUAAAUCAAACUAAAGUGAAUGAGGAAGAGGAAUGGGCUGCCACGCUUAUACAGACAGCUUUUCGAGGUUUUCUGGCAAGACGAGCGCUGAAGGCCUUAAAAGGAUUGGUGAGGCUCCAGGCACUUGUUAGGGGUCAUGCUGUAAGGAAGCAAGCUGCAAUAACUCUUCGCUGCAUGCAAGCUUUGGUUAGAGUUCAGGCUCGUGUCCGAGCAAGGCGUGUUCGCGUAGCAUUGGAAAGUCAGUCGUCACAACAAAAAAUUCAGGAACAACUUCAGCAUGAAGCUCACGUAAAGGAAAUAGAGGAAGGGUGGUGUGAUAGUGCUGGGUCGGUGGAAGAAAUUCAAGCCAAGUUGUUGAAAAGGCAAGAAGCGGCAGUUAAGCGCGAGAGAGCAAUGGCAUAUGCGCUGGCUCAUCAGUGGCAGGCUGGUUCAAGGCAGCAGUCAUCCCAUACUGGAUUUGAACCUGAUAAAAGCAACUGGGGUUGGAAUUGGUUGGAGAGAUGGAUGGCAGUUCGUCCAUGGGAAAAUCGGUUCCUUGAGAUUAAUUCAAAAGAGGAAGAAAACGGAACCUCGAAGGAUAUGACUAGCAUCAAAACAACAUCGUUUACAGCUGUCAAUAAGAAAGCCAGUUCACCAUUGGAUUCCUCAAAUAAAAAUCUAUGUGCAUCUCAUUCUGAUGGAACCGGCUCUUCAUCCGGCCAAUCUGCUAGUAUUUUAGCAACAGUGGGAACACCAUCAAGCAUGUCAAAGCCUAAUCUGUCUUCAGUGGAUCCAAUUGAAGAAACGAAGACACGGUUAGUAGCCAGAUCCUAUAGUAAUCCAAAAGAAAGACCGAAACAACACGACAAACAAACAAACAAGCGGUUGUCCCUGCCGAACAGCGGUCUUGGUCCGCAAUCAGCCAGGCGCCCCAGUAGAGCCAUUGCCAACAAAACCCCAGAUUCAAAGAAAUUCAUCAAGGAUAAACCAAAGGUAGAUGUUGAUUCCACCCCUCCAGCAAAUACAACCCGACCAAAUGUUCAGGUGCGGAUUUGAGGAACUCAUUUGCAAUUCUCUAUACUCAUCUAGUGGAGCAAUUGAUAAAUGUGAUCCUCGGGAUUUCCUGCUUAGAUGCAGAAAAGGGCCCAAGAAAAGUCUUUAGGUUAAUUAAAUACGCAGUGGUGUCAUUGAAGAAUAGAGUUUCUGAUUAUCAUGCAGCGUAAUCCAAAGAAGAGCUAUUUAACUCGGCUACUUGGUUGGUUGUAUACUAAAUUGUUAAUUAGAGAGGUUUGUACUACUAUUUAUGUAUGUCUCAUUAAGUAGAGAAAUCACUCCGUAUCAAUCUUGUCUGAGAUUUUUCAAUUAUUCUAAUCCAAUAUAUCAGUCUUUUCUUUAUUACAA